UCAGAAACGGCCACUGAACCUACAUUCUUUGUAUGAACCAAGAACAGCACAUUCCUUGUCAGAAACAUACGACGCCCCUGUUUCUGUACUGAAGACCUGCCCUGCGACCCGACUGAAAGAUUCCUGAUGCGGGCUCUUUCUUUGUUCACUUCUGCGACCUUCAGCACAAAUGUCGUUACCGCACUUGAACAUCUUGCUCGAAGGCUUCUCGAGUUCCAACAAGACCUCACCAGAAGCUGACACCCGCUUCAUGAUGGAAAGCAACCCCCUCUCUAGCGUUAACCCAAGUGGUCUGACGAAGCACGAACUCAAGUCGAUCUGGUCGAUGGCCAAGGCCGCUUUUGCAUCUAACAAGGACCAUCUCAUCAUUCCAUCUUUCGUGGCUGAAAGACUCACCGAAAACCAACUUCUUGAGCUCAAGACCAACUUCAGUUCACACUUUGGAAAUGUCAACAUCAUGACUUUCACGGACGAAGCUAGCGAACUCUAUCAUAUCUGCAAAGCCCCUGAAGCCACGGCCAGCCCUGACAAUCCUACGACUGUCAGUUCUUCUGCAGAUAGUCCAGGAUUGUCUUUCGACUCAGCUUCAAGCACCAUUCACCCAUCUGGCUUCGCGGGAACUGGUCACACCAAAGCCCCAGCACGUCCAGUCAAACAACUUCGACUUCCUGGCAAGAAGGCCCGAGUCCCUCGCCCCCCCAAUGCCUUCAUUCUGUAUCGCAAGGACCAUCAUCCUGCUCUCAAAGCUGUGCAACCCGAUCUACCAAACAAUGCCAUCUCUGUCAUUCUGGGCAAACAGUGGAAUCAGGAGAAUGAAGAGACCAAGGAUCGUUACAAGACAAUGGCUGAUAUCAUCAAAGCUCAGCAUGCCAGAGCUAAUCCUGGAUAUCAGUACUCGCCUCGCAAGCCUUCUGAGAAGAAGCGCCGCAUGACAGCUAAGAAGCGCGCUCGUCUUAAUGCAGCAAACACCGACUCUGAUGCACUUUCCAACUCGGAUUACGAGAUGAGCGAUGUUAUCGGAAAUUUCGAUCAUGAAUUCUCUGGCAGCAUGCCAAGUGAUACCUCCGAGAACAUGGUCAACGAAAAUGUGCAAUUUUCCUCCAUUGGCUCUACCAAUGAGUCUGCUGACGCUGGUGGCUACGCUGGCCUCCGCUUGGUCGAACAUGACGAAUACUCCGACGAUAUGACAUUGAAGGUGCCUACUGGUCACAAGUUCGUUGAAAUGGACUACAAUUCCCUCAUCCGCAGUCUUUACACGACCAUGGCCAGCCAGAGUGAGCCUGGAUUGAGCAACGAGAUCACAUGCUCUACCCCAGCUCCGGUCCGCGCCACGUACGCCGAGCUACACGCCAGUCCAGCGUGGGAGGAAUUCGAGGCGGACCGCAAGUUCGUCGAGGCGAGUCUCGCGGCACCGACCAACGAGGCCACCGAGGUCCUCAACACCGAGGUCUUUGACACCGAGGUCGAGCAGCAAGUCUGGAGAGCCGAGUUUGACAAGAUCCUCUGGAUGUUUGACUGA